AUGGCCGGAAAGAUUGAGAUCCGUCAGAUCAACCACGUAACCACCAUGGUGAAGGACACGGCCCGGGCAAUGGCGUUCUACAACGACCUGCUGGGCAUCAAGCAGAUCCAGAGCCAGGUGGACAACCCGGCCAUCACCUGGCUGCAACUCGAAAACGGCAUCAUGGUGCACCUGAUCGAAACCGACGAAGCGCCGGCCAAGCCCGGCAACAUCCAUCACGCGUUCCAGGUGGAUGACCUGGAGGCCACCCGCGCCACGCUGGAGAGCAGCGGCUACGAGCCACUGCGCGGCGGGGUGCGCUACGACGGGCAGGCCUACUUCUUCAUCGAAGACCCGGAUGGCAACAGCGUCGAGAUCUGCACCGCGUCGGGCUACGCGCCGGCGCCGCCGCGGCCGGCGUAA